CAAUGUACACCACAAGCCUGCAUGGAAACCAACGAUCAGAUAAUAAAAAGCGAACUUUCAACUCUUGGGUUGGCCGUUUUUCUGCAGCUUAGAUGAAGUGUCAAAUUCAUUUGUGCAACAGUGUUUGUAGCGCUAGCUCAUGCUACAGUGCAUAUCUGCGAUGUCUGUCGAAUCGUGCGAUAUAGUGAUUGUCGGUGCGGGCCUGUCCGGACUAAGCGCGGCUCAGUGUCUGCAAAAAAGGAACAAACUACUAAAAGUAUUAGUGUUAGAGGCAAAGGACCGUGUUGGAGGACGAACUUUAACUCAAGAUUUACCAGCAGCUGAUGGCCCUGACAGGUGGGACAUGGGUGGACAGUGGGUUGCCAGUACACAGACCCAUGUUAUGGAUCUCAUACGAGAGUUUGGUAUGGAGGUCUAUCCACAAUUUGCAGAGGGCAAGAAAGUGCAUCACAUGGGGGGCCCACACGCCAAGAUCACGACUUACACUUCUAGCAUCCCAUCGUACUCCCCUCUGGUCAUGCUUGACCUUGCCCAGUUUCUCUGGCGGAUUGACCGGCUCACAAAGACCAUAUCAGUAGAAGACCCAUUGAGUUCUCCUAAUGCAGAGCUCUUUGACAGCAUGACCCUUCACUCCUAUAUGGAACAACAUCUCUGGACAACAGAGAUAAAAGAGGAGCUGGGAUUGUGUAGCCGUGCUGUGUUUGGCAUGGAACCCGCGCAGAUGUCCUUCCUAUAUUUUCUGAUGUACUCUGCAGCAGCAGGGGGGGCCCUGCAACUCUUGGAGACCACGCCUGGUGCAGCUCAAGAGUUCAGAGUCAAGGGGGGCACUCAGCAGCUGUCUGAGAAGCUGAUGGAACAGAUCGGGAAAGAGCGUGUUCGGUUGGGUUCCCCUGUAACAUCCAUAUUUCAGAAUGCAGAGAAUGUCGAAGUUAAGACUGCUACAGGAACCUUCAUUUGUAAGGCCGUCAUUGUUACGUGUCCUCCUCAUAUGGCAGCACAGAUACGCUACAAUCCUGCCCUGCCAGCUGAGCGCCAGCGCCUCUCCCAGUGCAUGCCCGUCGGCCACUUGAUCAAGUUUAUCAUCACAUACCCCACUGCGUUUUGGAGGGAAAAGGGUUUCUCAGGGGAAAUUGUGACUCGUCCCUUCAAGGACUGUCCUUUAAGUGUCACAUUUGAUGCCACCAGCCCCAGAGGCAGUCCUGCGCUUGUGGGGUUCAUCUCUGGUGCGCAGGCCCAUGACUGGUGCGACAGAGAGAUGGAGGAGAGAAGAGAGGCUGUCAUAUCCAAACUGGUGAAGUAUCUCGGCCCAGAGGCGUCCUCCUACAUUCACUAUGAGGAAAAAGAUUGGGCUAAAGAGGAAUAUAGUGGAGGUUGUCCUGUGAAUGUGAUGGCUCCUGGGAUGUUGACGUAUUACCACCCGAGUCUUCGAAAGCCCUUCGGCAGGAUUCAUUGGGCAGGCACAGAGACGGCUACCAAAUGGUGUGGCUACCUCAGUGGUGCAAUUCAGUCUGGUCAGCGGGCGGCUAUGGAGGUUCUGGCUCAGAUGAGCCCUACAUCUCUGUCUCUGGAAGAACUCGAGGAAGUGCGAGCUUCCCAGAAAUACCGUGACCCAAGAAUGGAUUCAAAGUGCAAGUCGUCCAACUCUUACCGCUUACUUGGUGUGGUUAUGGCUGCAGCUACACUGGUGACUGCUUGCCUCUUGGCCAAAUCUCAACUAGGACUUGAGUGGAUUUAAUAGAAUAUCAUUUAGAUCUGGGAUUUGAUGGUGAACAGUAUGGCUAUGCUGUUCCACAAGCUACACCAGCACCAAGCCAGCAUAAACCAUCUUGGCAAGCAUAAAAAUGUAUUCUGGUCUAAGCUGGUCAUUUCAGCAGGGUUGUAAUUUAGAGCUUAAAGAAAUAGUUCAUCCAAAUAUUCUGAUUCUCUCAUAAUUUAUUCACCCUCAUGAUAUCCCAAACUGGAACACAAACAAAGAUAUUUAUUAAGGAUGUAUGAGCUGUUUGCAUCCAUACAAUGAUUGUAUACAGAUAAUGUAAAUCAAACAAUGUAACCUCCAAUAAGGACAUAAAAGCAGCCUAAAAGUAAUCCAUACUCAAGUUGUUUAAUCUUUUGCAGAGAUGCAAUUGCUUUGGGUGAGUAACAGACCAAAAUGUAUGUCUUUGUUCACUAUAAAUCUUGACAUCCGGCCGAUUGUAACACACUGCAGGCUUCAAGACGGUGAUUCUUUGGCACUGCACAUGGUUUCCAGGUACUGUUUCAUUAUACAUCACUAAAACGUUGCAUUUUAAUUUCCUAGUUUUAUCAUCAACCUUUUGGCAACCUCAGUACAUUUUAAAUUUAUCCCCCCAAAAAAACAACCCGUGACUAUCAUUUUAAUUUGCAUCUGCAUUUUCAAAAUAGCUCAACAGGGCGUGAAACCACGAACCUGGCAAUACGGUGUCUGGUUUUUGUAGAGAGCUUAAUGCCAUAAACGAAAGGAAGUAUGCAAAUGAGCUUCUCUCAGAAACCUGCCAAGGAUACUACAGAUAUCAAUAUUUAUAGAGAAUAAGAACUUUUGGUUUGUUUCUCACCCAAAGCAAUCAUAUCACUUCAGAAGACAUGGAUUAAACCACUCAAGUCAUAUGGAUUACUUUUAUGCUCCCUUUAUGUCCUUUUUGGAGCUUGAAUGUUUUGUACUCCAUUGAUUUGCACUGUGUGGACAAACACCUCAUACAUUCUUUAAAACAGUGAAUCCCAACCGGAGAGAGGCUACUUAAGCAGGUUCCAGGGGGUACGCAAAAAGAAUUGGAUUUUGCUAUGUUGAAAUUAUAAAACAAAAUGUAUGGCUUAAAAUAAAAAUAACAUGGAUUAGGGCUGGGUAAAAAUGUAGAUUUACUAAUUAAUCAUGAUCUUUAUUUGAACAAUCUCGAUAUCCAUUCUUAAAAUCGUAAGAUCUGUCUUGUAAUAAAGUUAAGCAGUUGUUUUGAUUCAUCCGUGUAAUGUGUUCAAAGAUGAGAUCCAUGCAAUCCAUUUGUUUAAUAUCCUUUACCAUCAUUUGAUUAAAAACAACAACAAUGAAAAUUUAAUAAUAAUAAAGAAGCCGUGUGACUCGUUAAUAUUCGCUCAAGCAAAAGGUAGGAAACUUAAAGAGACAGUAACGUGUUUGUGUUUGUUUUACAUAUCAGUGUAAAUAGGACAAAUUGUGCAUGCAAAUAAUAAACAUGCAGGCCUAAUAUAUAUAUAUACUUUUGUCUACAUGUUUAUUGUUUAACUAAAAUGAUAGAAAACUAAUGAUAAAAUAAAAUGUGUUUAAUUAUAAUUGGUAUAAUAUAUAUAUAUAUAUAUAUAUACUGGCAGAAUAAUGUACAGAUUUUGCUGUUUUCAAAGGAAAUUGGUACAUUAAUUCACCAAAGUGGCAUUCAACUGAUCACAAAGUAUAGUCAGGACAUUACUGAAGUAAUAAACAGCACAUCACUAUUUGAAAAAAGUCAUUUUUUAUCAAAUCUAGACAGGCCCCAUUUCCAGCAGCCAUCACUCCAAAACCUUAUCCUUGAGUAAUCAUUCUAAAUUGCUAAUUUGAUACUAGAAAAUCACUUGCCAUUAUAUAAAACACAGUUGAAAGCUAUUUGGUUCAUUAAAAGAAGCUCAACGUUUUCUUUGUGUUAAGUAUGCAAUAGACUGGCAUGUCUUAAGGUCAAUAUUGGGUCAAAAAUGGCAAAAAAUUAACUCAUCAGUCAAUCAUAUUUUGAGGAAUGAAGGCUAUACGAUGCUUGAAAUUGCCAAAACUGAAGAUUUCAUACAAAGGUGAACACUACAGUCUUCAAAGACAAAGCACAACUGUCUCUAACAAAGACAGAAAGAGAUGUGGAAGGCCAGAUGUACAACUAAACAAGAGGAUAAGUACAUCAGAGUCUCUAGUUUGAGAAAUAGAUUCAUCACAUGUCCUCCGCUGACAGAUUCAUUAAAUGCUACCAGUUUCAUGUACAACAGUAAAGAGAAGAUUCAGGGGUGCAGGCCUUAUGGGGAAAAUUGCAAAGAAAAAGCCACUUUUGAAACAGAAAAAGAAAAGGUUAGAGAGGACAAAGAAACACAGAUAUUGGACAACAGAUAAUUGGAAAAGAGUGUUAUGGAUCUUAACCCCAUUUAGCUUUUGUGGGAUCAGCUAGACCGUAAGGUGCGUGAGAAGUGCCCGACAAGACAGCCACAUCUAUGGCAAGUGCUACAGGAAGUGUGGGGUGAAAUGUCACCUGAGUAUCUGGACAAACCGACAGCUAGAAUGUCAAGAACCUGCAAAGCUGUCAUUGCUGCACGUUGAGGAUUUGUUGAUGAGAAUUGGUUUAAGUUCUGAAUUUUUUGUUUUGUUUGUUUGUUUGUUUUUUCUCUAAUUGUAAUAGUAAUUUUUCACUUUAUUAAUGUCCUGAGUAUACACUGUGAUCAGUUGUAUGCAACUUUAGUAAAUAAAAGUUGCAAUUUCUUUCCAAAAGAGCAAAAUCUGUACAUUAUUCCAAACAUUUGUGCACCUGUGUGUGUGUGUGUGUGUGUGUGUGUGUGUGUGUGUGUAUAUAUAUAUACACUCACCUAAAGGAUUAUUAGGAACACCAUACUAAUACUGUGUUUGACCCCCUUUCGCCUUCAGAACUGCCUUAAUUCUACGUGGCAUUGAUUCAACAAGGUGCUGAAAGCAUUCUUUAGAAAUGUUGGCCCAUAUUGAUAGGAUAGCAUCUUGCAGUUGAUGGAGAUUUGUGGGAUGCACAUCCAGGGCACAAAGCUCCCGUUCCACCACAUCCCAAAGAUGCUCUAUUGGGUUGAGAUCUGGUGACUGUGGUGGCCAUUUUAGUACAGUGAACUCAUUGUCAUGUUCAAGAAACCAAUUUCAAAUGAUUCGAGCUUUGUGACAUGGUGCAUUAUCCUGCUGAAAGUAGCCAUCAGAGGAUGGGUACAUGCUGGCCAUAAAGGGAUGGACAUGGUCAGAAACAAUGCUCAGGUAGGCCGUGGCAUUUAAACGAUGCCCAAUUGGCACUAAGGGGCCUAAAGUGUGCCAAGAAAACAUCCCCCACACCAUUACACCACCACCACCAGCCUGCACAGUGGUAACAAGGCAUGAUGGAUCCAUGUUCUCAUUCGGUUUACGCCAAAUUCUGACUCUACCAUCUGAAUGUCUCAACAGAAAUCGAGACUCAUCAGACCAGGCAACAUUUUUCCAGUCUUCAACUGUCCAAUUUUGGUGAGCUCUUGCAAAUUAUAGCCUCUUUUUCCUAUUUGUAGUGGAGAUGAGUGAUACCCGUGGGGUCUUCUGCUGUUGUAGCCCAUCCGCCUCAAGGUUGUGCAUGUUGUG